AAAAGACAAUCUUUGGUGGACGCAAUCACUUCGGACAGCAAAGCCUACUGCUGAAGAAAGACAGAAGACAGAAAGAAAGAAAGAGAGAGAGUAAAAAGUCUGAACAACGAAAUGCUAGAAAAAAUAUAAUCAAUAAUUGCUUUAAAAAUACUUCAUCGGUUUUUUUCCCGCGUUUAUUCUAUACUCUUCAUUGACAAAUCGCUGAGAUGGACUCAAAAGAAAUUGUUUUCCGAAACUUGAACAUAAGUUUGAAGCAAAAACAUGUGCUUAAAAACAUCAGCGGUGUGGCUAAAUCGAAGGAGGUAUUGGGAGUGUAUGGGCCAAAAGGUGCUGGGAAAACCACUCUGGUUGAAACUCUUGCAGGGCAACUCAAACCAUACAUCGGUGACGUUCUAUUGAAUGGAACCCCAAUCGAGCACGCGCAGACGGAAGUGGUUUUGGUGCAGUCUAAUGACCUUCAUCUGCCAUUGUUGAACGUGUUCGAAACACUUAAGUACACGGCGUAUCUACGACUCACUGAAAUCUCUCCCAAGGACCUAGAACUUCGAAUACGUCAUGUGAUUGACUUAUGUAAUCUUCACGCGUACAAAGACCUAAUGGUCCAAUUUCUUCCUGUUCCUGCACGAAAAAGGACGAGUCUGGCAUGUGAGUUACUUCUAAACCCCUCGGUGCUUAUCAUUGAUGACCCGGUUGAUCAAAUGGACUUCAAGGAUGCUAUGGACUUUCUUAGAUUAUUACGUCAUUACGCCGAGAAAUAUGACAAAAUUGUGGUGACGUCAUUGGCUGCCGCUCCCAGUGCGUUCUACAGCGUCUGUCAUAACUACCUCUUCUUGUACAGCGGCCAUAUAGCCUUCUAUGGCUCUGCAACGGAGCUUCCGAAUUUCCUCAAUGAUUUAUGUCUUCCUACGCCAAUGGGAUACAACCGCGCGGACUACAUGCUCGAGUUACUGAAUGAGAAUACCCUGAAUGAUCGCUCACCAAUACAAGAGAAAAUCGUACAGGAAAUGUACAGGAGAAGACAAGAACCCGGAUGGGAGUGCAAGUCUUUUAUCAACAAAUAUCCGAUUACCUGCCAUCACAAACACAGCUCACCGCCCCCUAGCGGACACCAUGCAAAGAAAUAUGAUACGACUGUUCAUCUCCAUCACGACGAAGUUGAAGUUUUGGUGGAAAACUCCACACUCCACCCUAGCGUGUUUUCAACAUCGUUUGGUCAUCAAUUCAACAUCCUGCUGUGCAGAAAUUUUCACAAUGCUCGACGAAGGAUCCUAAAUCCAAUCAGUCUCAUUCAAAACUUCUACAUUUUAGCAGUUUGUGUUCUAAUAUGGUGGAGACCGGAAAGGAUAGAAACGGAAGUGAUGGACCGGAUGGGACUUUUUUUCUUUACCGUCGUGCAGUGGGCUUUCUUCGCAUUGUUGGAUGCUAUUUUGACAUUUCCCAAGGAAAUCAAGGUCAUUAACCAUGAGCGGAAGUUUCGCCAUUAUCGUCUGUCUGCUUUCUGUCUGUCCAAGUUUCUGAGUGAGAUUCCGCUGGCCAUCAUACAGCCCUGCGUGUAUCUGUCGGUCAUCUACUGGGUCGCCAAUCUCAAUGGCGUCUACGCCUUCCUAGCCUCGACUGGGGUCCUCAUUGUUGACGUGUUGGCGGCGCAGAGUAUUGGAGUAUUCAUUGGGUCGGCCCUUCAACCUCCUUGGACAGUAAUGAUUGUCUCCCUUGGAUUGCUCUCUAUGAUGUUAUGGGGUGGCGCUUUUAAUACUCCUCCAUCUUGGUUGAGUUGGGGAAAAUAUGCGUCGUUUUUCUUUUACGGACUACAAGCUUUAAUUGCUCUUGAAUUCAAGGAUGCACCACCAAUCAAAUGCUCACCAAACAGCACACUUCCGGUUUGCAAUAUGGUUAACCCAAACACCAACCGGACCGUGCAGGAAUUUGAUUCUGACGUCAUUUUAAUGGUGCAAAAAAUCACGUGGCCUGUUUGGCAAUACGUCACUGUGUUGCUUGUUAUAUUGGUGGUCACACGAAUUCUCUGGUACAUCGUGAUGAGAAGGCAGAAACUGCACUGGCACUUAUGAGAGAGAGAGAGAGAGAGAGAGAGAGAGAGAGAGAGAGAGAGAGAGAGAGAGAGAGAGAGAGAGAGAGAGAGAGACACACACAGAGAGAGAGAGAGACAGAGACAAAGAUUUUUCACAUUGUACUGUGUAUAUUAGAUGUCCCUUUUGUUACUUUAUUUAGACAUUAAAUCUACUUAAAAAUGGAAUGUAAAAGAAAUCAAUUCUGUGUUGCUUUAUAUAGUAUGACUCUUAUCUUCAAUGCGGAAAUAGGUGAAUUUAUUAUAUCUUGUUUCACACGGAAGAUUCUGUCGGAAAUAAAGUCUACUUUUACGGCACCUUCACCCCCACACAAUGAACUUAUAGACUUCUUAUUAGGUAAAUGCAUUCAUUUAUAAUGCACUCCCUUGCCUUUUAUCAAGUUUAGAAAUAAGGUCAGAGUUUUCGAAUCAUAUAUAAAGACCCAAUCAAAGCGUAGUUAACAGACUGCACAAUUGUCCAUUUUGAAAAGUGUUUAGGUUAUUUCCCUGCAAAAUAUAAUGAUGUCCGUUACUGGAACCUUGAUGUGCAUGAUAUCAGCAAUUAUUGCAACAUGUCUGUUGAUGCUGUGUGAUUCUGCCGUUGUUAAAACUCGAUCACCUUUAUACCAUAUGAAUUAUGUCACCUAUCCACCAAGUACAACUCUGCUAACUGGAACACCUUAUUAUUUUGGCACCUAUCCUACUAUGCCAACUCUACAAAACUACUGUAUUCGCGACGGGAAGAUGUACU